ACCGAAGUUCCUUGUUUUAUUUCAUUUAUUGCUAUCUUACAUUUUUAAAUAGCUGUAUUGUGAGUAAUAGGGUUUACAUGGUAGUAAAACCAGUUUGAUCAUAAGCUCAAGGCAGUAACUCGGAUGAGGGAGGAGCAGUGGAUAGAUUAAUCAGUAGCUUUCAUCAGUUAAGGCAGAGAAGUUUGCCAGCAGGCUCUGAGGACAUUGUGGUGAGUGAGCUGGACACUUCUCUGAGCGAGUUUGGGACAUGCAGCCCCUCAGCCUUGGAGCUGGUGCGGGAGCAGCUUCCUGCCUGCACAGGUGUGAGCAGCUGCUGCUGCCCUAGUGCCGAGCCUGGAUCCUCUCCAGGUUAGCACGUGAACUUUGCUCACUGGGACAUUUUUCUUCCUCCCCCUAAAUAAAAAAAAAAAAUCCUGCAACACUGGGCGUGUUCGAGCAAAUAUGUCCUUGGAAGUGGAAGUUAAGAAGGAUGUAGAGCCCAAGGAUGAUGCUGUGCCACUCAGGAGGGAGAAAUCUGGCAACGUAGCCAGCCUUGUGCAGCGUAUGAGCAGCUAUGGGCUUCCAGCAGGAGGAUUUCAGCCUCAUCCCCCGUCCAAAGGCUUCAAGAAGAAGUCCAAGAAGCGGCAGUGCAAAGUGCUCUUCGAGUACAUCCCACAGAACGAGGAUGAGCUGGAGCUCAAGCUGGGGGACGUGAUUGACAUCAUUGAUGAGGUAGAAGAAGGAUGGUGGAGUGGAAUACUCAAUGGCAAGGCAGGAAUGUUUCCUUCGAACUUUGUGAAAGAAUUGGAAUCAACGGAUGAUGGAGAAACACAGGAUGCUCUGGAUGACACAGAGCCUGUUUUCAAUAGUCCUACCUCACCUGUGACCUCUCCAGGAAAUGGGAGUGAACCUGCAUUGGGACCAGCACAGCCAAAGAAAGUCCGAGGUGUUGGGUUUGGAGAUAUCUUUAAGGAAGGCUCAGUGAAACUUAAAACGAGAUUAUCCAGUAAUGAAUCAGACGAUAAAAGAUCAGAAGAGAAAAAGCAAGAUAAGCCAUUACCUAACCAUCCCCCUGGAACAAAGUUAAUUCAUUUUCCCAGUAUAACAAAAACUGAAAACACACCUGAAGUAAUAAAACCAGAAGCUGAAAGUAAACCAAAAGCCAAGGAAUAUUGCAGGACAAUAUUUUCCUAUGAUGGCUCAAAUGAUGAGCUGAGCUUUAAAGAAGGCGAGAUCAUUCAAAUAAUCAGUAAGGACACUGGAGAGCCGGGCUGGUGGAGAGGAGAGCUCAAUGGUAAAGAAGGAGUCUUCCCAGAUAACUUUGCUGUUCAAAUACAAGAAUCUGAUAAAGAUUUCCCUAGGCCAAAGAAACCUCCACCUCCAAUUAAAAGCCCAGCUGCAAGACCUGAAUUGCCAACUGGAGAGAAGAAAUUCUUUUCUUUGAGGCCUGAAGAAAAAGAUGAAAAAGGAGCUUUGGAUCAGAAGCCUUUGAAGCCACAAGCUCCUCAAGUGCCACCCAAGAAGCCGAUUCCUCCAAGCAAGACCAACAGCUUACUGAGAGCAGGGCUCCUGCCCCCCAAACGUCCAGACAAACCUGGUUUGCCAUCGUCUGCAUCCAAAACUAAUGGAGAAGUUGUUACUCUUCGACCAAAAUCUGAAGUUGAGCCAGUAGCAAAACCAAAGUUAGACUCUGAACCAUUGCCACUCAGACCAAAAUCAGUAGAGGUAGAUUCACUUGUGGUAAAGAGCUCUAAAGAAUCAGAUCUGUUAAGCUUUGAUGAUGUAAUAGCUACCUCAGAUAAUCUGUCACACCCGACCGCGAACCGGCCCAAGAUGCCUGGUAGGAGGCUGCCUUCCCGUUUCAAUAGCAGUAGUCCUGCAAGUCAAAAUGUGGGUCCAGAAAAAAUUUUGAAGGUGCAGAAAGAAGAAGAAAGUGCCAAACCAAAGCCAGUUGAAACAAAGAAGCCAUCUGCAUUCAGCCCAGUGAUUCCACCUUCAUCUCAGAGACCAAGUUCUGUCAUACUCGACUUUUUACCUGGAGACCUCCAACCUAAAGGAGAAGCAGAUGAUGAAAAAAAAUCUGUGGAAGAGCUCAGGACUCAGAUUAAUGAUUUAAUGGGUUUAGUAGAUGCACUGAAGAAAGAGCAUGGGAGAGAACUGGAAAAACUAAAGAAGGAUUUGGAGGAAGAGAAGCUGUUGCGAAGCAAUCUGGAGCUUGAAGUAGAAAAAUUGAAGAAAGCAGNGUCUACAUGAGACAGCUAUGGACUCAAUGUUUCUAACUCGCCAGGAAUUCAAAGCUGAACACAAGGAGAACUGACUCUUAUUACAUUAUAAUGGAUGCUGGUGUUCUACAGUCUUGAAGAAAAAAUAUAAUUAAAAAAAAGGAAUAUAGUCUUAUAUUCAGAGAGAUAAGAAAACAAAAAAGAAUAAUGGUGUAAUUUUUUUGCCAAUAUAAAAGAGGCCUUAUUUCUUACUGUGCUGGAAUUGCAGACCUUAUUUUUUUGGUUUGCUUGAAAAUACUACUGAAUCUGUAUAGAAAGGAGAGGGAAUUCUUAAUAGAUUUUUAUUGAAUACCUGUAGCUUAAUUUUUAAAGAGAUCUAUACUAUAAAUAGGGUGAUCUGUCUUUGCAACUAAUCUGUAAAAUAGUCUGUUGGAAGGGAUGGAAUAACUGUAUCGUAAUUGUAGUCACUACUUUUCCCCUACAUGCAAAAGGGAAUAUAUGGUAUUUGUAUAAUUUUGGCAGUCCUACCCAGGGUUAUGCUGUUGUGCCUGUCUGCAGUGAGAAUAUUAAUACUAUACUGUUCAUAAGUUGAGUAAUGAGAUAGGAAUUUGUUAGUGCAAUGAAGCAGGUGAAACUCCUAUGCAUUGUAGAAAGAUUGAAUGAUCUAAUCCGAGUAGUUCAGCAGAACGGUUUGUCACUUGCACUAUUGGAUUAAAAAGGGAUUUAAGACUGAAUCAUAUAAUCAUGACACAAUUAACUGUUAAACCACAAGGAAAACAGAAACAAAGUGAGAAUCCAGUCUUAACUCAACCUGUUGUGCCUAAAAUAUUACAGUAUACAGCAUGAAAGAGUAAACCUUAAGUCACAGCAUCUGUACUUCUGUGUUUCUGAAGUCAUUGGUCUUUCUAGUGGUUCAAGUAUGCAUCUUGAUCUGUUUUUACAAUAGUCAGGUUUUGUUUAUAAUAUAUCUCCAAAUAAAUCCCUUUGGAACUUUGAUACUCUCAAAAGCUCUCAAUAUUUAUAUAUUUAUGCCAUAAACUUUCUCAGUAUAUUGCAUACCUCUAAACUUAGUAACAUCUUUGUAUUUUAAUGAGUGAUUGGAACAAUUGCUUUGACAUCAUUGUACUGGUGUCCAAGAUGGUGUCGUUACUUUAUGGAAAAGAAGUUGAGAUCUUGUGGAUUACCAUUAUCUUUAACCCCUGGGCUCAAAACUUGCACCAGAAUAAUACAUAAAUAAUAUGCAAAGUGAUGGGAGACUAUGGUAUUUAUUGCUGUGUUUAUCUGAUUAAAGAAUUAAAAAACAUACAGCUUUAGAAAGCCAGUCAAAUUCAUUAGUUCAUUAAUCAGCUCAUCUCCUUUAGAUCUGCUAUAACUUAAAAGACAAAAACAUGCCACGUAAUUUGGCAACUUCACUAAUAAAAGAAAGUUAUUGAGCUUCUCUUCAUGGGAGUAGCAUAAAUAUAGUAAUCAUUCAGUAUGUCACUUGUUCAAGGGACAUGGAAGUGUUACUUUUUGAGAGUAAUCCCACACUGUGGGAUUCUUCCAUAGUUGAUGUGUCAUAAAAUACAAACGUCAAAAAGUCAGUUGAGGAAUGUUUGUCCAUUACUGGUUCAAAUAGUUGAUGAAAUCUCAUUGAAAUAUGAUCAAUACACUAUGCAGGUAUUGAGUAAUAUAUACUAGUCAAAUUGCUGGUAAGCUGAUUGACUCUUAAUGCUUUUAACCUUGAAUUGCCCAAGUGCAUCACAGAUGAAUUGAGGAAUCACAUGCUUCAUACUGAACUCUUGGAAUUCAUGCCUGUAAAGCAGGUGAUGAAAAACAAGAAUUGAGCCUAAUGGAGGACCCAGUUUUGUUAUACAAGCUCUUCACUGUGAUUCGAGCACGAAACAAAUCUUGGAAGGGGGUUGCUCUGAAGAAAUUGUGCCUGUGUGUGAGCUUGCAGAGGAUGAACAGAACAAGACAAUCAGUUAAAGCCACAAAUGAAAGGUGUUUGUUAUUUAAUGGCCUUUGUUCGCUAUAGCAAUAAAUGACCCAAGUGCAAUGACUUGAUUUAAUAAACCCUCCUUUAAAAGUCGCUGCUAUGAGUAUUUGUAGCCAUAAGGAAGUUGCCCUGAUGUGUGUCUGUCUUGUCUUCAGCUACUGUUAUGUACUGCAGUGGAGGGGGAGAGGGUAAUGGUUUUGGAGACAUUCCACAGUACAAGUUCCUAAGAGCAGUGUGCUUCACUGACUUGUCUACCGGUGCUGUAAAAUGAUGCAUGCUAUCCAAACUCAGCAAAUAAAAUGAGUAUAAAAAUCUC